AUGUCUUCUACUAAUAACAGUACACCUAAGAUCAUGGUUUUCAGACCAACAUGGAAAGAGUUUAAAGAUUUUAGUAGCUACAUUGAGGUGAUGGAGUCGCAAGGGGCUCACAAGGCUGGUGUGGCAAAAGUUAUACCACCACCUGAGUGGAAACCAAGAAAGAAUAAUUAUGAUGCAAAUGAUAUUAUGAGUUUGAUAAUUCCUGCUCCAAUCCGUCAAAAUGUAAAAGGUACACAAGGCAUUUAUGAACAAAUUAAUGUAAAAGAGAAAGCUAUGACAGUAGCUGAUUUCAAAAUAAUGUCAGAGUCUGAAAAAUAUAAGACACCUAGCCACUUUGAUUAUAGUGAUCUUGAAAGAAAAUUUUGGAAAAAUGUUAUUUAUAACUCUCCAUUGUAUGGUGCAGAUGUAUCUGGAUCUAUAACUGAUGAAGAUGUUAAUGUUUGGAAUAUAAAUAAGUUAGGAACAAUAUUGGAUUAUGUAAAUGAAGAUUAUGGUAUAAGGAUUGAAGGUGUUAAUACAGCGUAUUUGUACUUCGGAAUGUGGAAAACCUCAUUUGCAUGGCACACCGAAGACAUGGACUUGUAUAGCAUAAACUAUUUACACUAUGGAUAUCCAAAGACAUGGUAUGCAGUACCUCCAGAACAUGGUCACCGCCUAGAAAAAGUGGCUAGUGAAAUGUAUCCAUUCUAUGCUUCGAUAUGCCCUGCAUUUCUCCGACACAAAGUGGCUAUAAUAUCUCCUAAUAAGUUAAAAAAAUAUUCUAUACCAUAUAAUCAUAUCACACAAGAGGAAAAUGAAAUAAUUAUAACAUUCCCCUUUGGAUAUCACGCCGGUUUUAAUCAUGGCUUUAAUAUAGCCGAAGCCACCAAUUUUGCAACACCACGUUGGGUGGAUUAUGGUAAAAGAGCUUCACAGUGUCAUUGCUGUCGAGAUUCGAUAAACAUCAGUAUGGAUACAUUUGUUAAACGCAUACAACCUGAGAAGUAUGAGUUGUGGCUUAAAGGAUAUGAUAUCAAUACUCAUCCAGAAGAUCCUUCUUGUACUCCAGAUAAGCGCACGCCUAGUAAAUCUGGCUUAUUAUGUAACAUUAAGUAAGUUAAUUUUCACUAUCCAAAAAUAAAAAGUUUAUUAUUUUGAUUUGAUUUUAAUGUUACAGCAAUAAAGAUAUUUCAAAAUGUUAUAACAAAGCCGGUAAAAACCGUCGACUUGUAAAACGUAAGAUUUCAGAUUUUCUAUUGUCUAAUGAUACAACACAUAUCAAUAAUGUUAUAGAUGUACAUUCAUCAAGAAGUGUUCAAGGAUUAGAUGAAAAGGAAUAUAAAGAUGAACAAUUCAAUGAUGGAGUAGUUAUGGAAGAUAUAUGUCCAAAAGCUAAUGAAAUGA